UCAGCCCAGCCUCCAGUCACAUCUCUUCUCAAAAGGCUAGGCCCAAGCCCAUGGCCACAAAACACAUGAGGAAAUCCAGGGCCAUCGGAUGCAUAAUGGGCAGAUGCUCACGGCCCCGGUCCAAGAAACAGGUGAAAGACAGCUGCCUCAUAAACAUCAGGCUAGAGCAGCAGAGUGCAAAGAAUGGCAAGACUGUCCUGGUGACAUGCAACGACAGGGCUCCUGCCAUCAUUCGCAGGGCCCUGGAACAUCACUUGCUGAUGGAGGAGGAGCCAGGAGACUAUGAGCUGGGACAAAUCAUCUCCCAACAGCACAAAAUGAAGAUUCCAAAGAACGCCAACGUCUUUUAUGGGAUGAAUCCCCAUGUCAGGAGAGACUUUGUCCUCAGGAAGAGGACCUACCCUCAGGAGGAAAAUGAUGAUUGGAUCCCUCCCCAACCUCCCUCUUAUGAGGCAACUCAGGUGCGAGGUCACCGCUGGAACCUGUGGACAAGGAUCUGCUCCUGUCUCUCUGGGCAGUGCUAAAGCAUUGCACCAUGGAUGAACAAUGAGACUGAUUUCUAAAAUGGUUACUCAACAAUUCCAUACAUAAUUUGACCUUAAGUCCUUGUUAUUUAAAAUAUGUUUGUGUA